AUGGGAGACUGGUCUAUCUUGGGGCGUCUACUAACGGAGGUCCAAAACCAUUCAACAGUAAUUGGAAAAAUAUGGCUGACAAUGCUCCUGAUAUUCCGAAUCCUCUUGGUAACACUGGUAGGAGAUGCAAUGUAUGGUGAUGAACAGUCUAAAUUCACUUGCAAUACCCUUCAACCUGGAUGCAACAAUGUAUGUUAUGAUAGCUUUGCCCCGGUUUCACAUCUUAGAUUUUGGAUCUUUCAGAUUGUUCUAGUGUCCACACCUUCCAUUUUUUACAUAAUUUAUGUACUGCACAAAAUUGCUAAAGAUGAGAAGAACAAAAGUUCAGAUGCAGAUGAGCAGGUGGAGGUUAAAGACUUAUCCAAAAAAGGAGAGAGGUUCAAGCCAAAAUUUGCUAAUGAUCCUGUGCGUGCUCCCAUUCCUGUGUUUGACAAGAUGCAUGUUAUUUACAUUGUCCACGUGGUGCUCAGGUCAAUUAUGGAAGUGGUGUUCUUAGUUGGUCAAUUCUACCUUUAUGGCUUUGAAGUACCUCAUCUUUUCCAGUGUCACACCUACCCUUGUCCCACCACAACAGACUGUUUUGUCUCCAGAGCUACUGAGAAGACAGUAUUUCUUAACUUCAUGUUUGGAGUUGGUCUUGGUUGUUUUAUUUUGAACAUUGUGGAGCUGCAUUACCUGGGCUGGUUUUAUGUAUUUAGAAUCUUAACAGUUGCUUGCAAUACCUGUUGUGAAUUCAAGAGCAGGAAGAAAAAGAGGCCCAUGGUGCUGCAUCCUGAGCAGAACAGUCUACUUAUACAUCUAAAGGACACUAUACAAGAACGGUUUGUCCUGAAGACCUCAGCAAGCCUUUCCACAGAGAAAAUUGGCUGCCUACCUUCUCCACCUGUAAACACAAUUUCCUUCACAAAUGAUGACACCGAUGAUACUACCUCAAGGAGGAGCCCAGAUACUAAACACUGUAAUAUAGCCAAAAUGCCCAAGGGGAAGAAAUCUUGGCUAUAA